AUGUCCUGGCAAAUUUAUGUCGACGAAAACCUCGUCGGGACCGGCAGGAUCGCAAAGGCGGCCAUCAUCGGGCUCGCAGGCGGCAUCUGGGCCUCCUCGCCCGGCUACACGCUCUCCGCGGAGGAACAGAAGGCGAUCGUGGACGGGUUCACGAACCCGGCGCAGGUGCAGGCGAGCGGCGUCCGCCUCGGCGGCAAGAAGUUCUUCACCCUCCAGGCCACCGACCGGCACAUCUACGGCAAGCAGGCUGCGGACGGCUGCGUGAUCGUCAAGACGAAGCAGGCCGUGCUCGUCGCCGAGUACGCCGCGCCCACUCAGGCGGGCGAGGCGACGACCAUCGUCGAGGGCCUCGGGGACUACCUCAUCAACGUGGGCUACUAG